AUGCCGGUGGGAUUUCGUUUUCAGCCCACCGAUGAAGAGCUCGUAGCCUUCUAUUUGUUGAACAAGGUAAGGGGAGAAGAUCUGGGUUGGGAUGGCAUCGGAGAGUUUGAUAUUUAUGGUGAGAAGGCUCCCUGGCAAUUCUGUGGUGAUCAAGAGAAGCUUUACGUUUUUACAAGGCUAAAGAAACUAAGCAAAAAUCGAGUGGCACGAACAGCGGGUUGCGGUGUUUGGCAUGAGAAUUCUUCCGUCAAGAUUUAUGAUGAUCAAGGUGAUGUUAUUGGGGCCAGGAAACUGUUCUCUUUCAAGGUGAAAGAGGGCUCGUGCAUGAAGAAAUCUAACUGGAUAAUGCACGAGUUCUCAUUCGUUGGGGAGCGAGAACGGACGACUGACUGGGUCCUGUGCACCAUCCAAAAGAAAGAAUCAGAAUCAAGAGCUGGCGUUAAAAGAUGCUUUCAAGAUCAGUCUUCUCCCACUGUCAUCUCUGUUGAAACUUCAUCUCCAUGCUAUGAAACCCCCCAAACCUGGAUUAAUACAGAAGAAGAAGUGCUGCUACUUGAGGACGGAUCCCAGCAGAGAAAGAGGAUGCGCUACGAUGUCGAAUGUGAUGGGCCUCAAGCCACUGGGACCCCAUCAGAAUGUCCAUCUGAAUUUGGAACGCCUCAAUCUGAAUUUACACCGUCACAGAAUUCAGUGGAUAUUGUGGAAGAGUCUAACACGCAGACGACUGAUUUGGAAACCCAUGUGGGCUGUCUACCGGCUACUGAUAACUCUUAUUCUAUUUCAUAUGAAUAUUUGGAAGCCUUGAUGAGCUCUCAACCAGCCAGUAAUGAUGACUUUUGA